GCUCCGACAGACCCGUGUCGUACUCCCGAGCCACUUGUAAAAACCGCCGACAGGGGCAGCACGUGAUGGAUCGCAAUCGCGCGUACGUAAUGACGGUAUCGGAGAGAUUUCGGUGAUCGCCGGUGCAAUAAUCACAUAUUAUCGAUUCGUUCGGUCUUUUCUAUUCGAAAAAAGAACAUUCAUCAUACACCGUCUCAGACUUUGAUUUUCAAAAUCAACUGUCUUUAAGCACACUGGGUAAACAUCGUUGAUGGGUCCGACAGAGAUAUUGUAGAAGCUUUAUGUUAACGUCUAGCAGGUAUUGGAGGAAAAUUUACAACUUCGAGAAUAUACAUUUGCCACGACUGAGUAAUUAAACAUGCCUCUUGAAAAUGCCGAUUUAGAGGUCUCUCAAAGUGAAAUUUAUGCUAUCAAUGAUGUUGACCGGGCAGUUGAAAAUUAUAUAAUACAAGCUAAGAAGGAACGCAAUUUAAAAGUACGCGAUAAGAUUUUUGACCGAAUUAUAAAUCUUUACUCAAUGGCGGACAAAAUACACAUGAAUCACAUGAAACAUUUACUAGGCAGGGCCUAUAUAUGCUUAUUGGAAAAUAACACUUUGGCAGUUACUAAUCGAAAAUUCACUUCAGUAAUUAAACAUUCAUUAAAUCACAUACCACCUGUACUGUCCAGUGAUCUCAACGAGGCUGCUUGUAGACGUUAUAUAACACAGAAUAAAAAAUUGUUGCGUUCCAAAGUUCGCAAAAAUGUGGACUCUGUAAAUAUUCGAUCUCAAAUGGCACACUGUUAUUUAAAACUAGGAAAAUUAAAACAAGCACGAUUAGAAUUUGAACUAGUUUUAAAAUCAAAUUCAAAACAUGUGGAUGCAUUAGUUGGUCUCGCAAUCACGAAGUUAACCGAUAACGAAUCGUUACCAUUUGCUAUUGAUCUAUGUAUACAAUUUUCAAAAGAAUGUAGCAUUCAUUCGGUUAAAGCGGAAACACUGAAUGAGAUUGCAUUCAAUUAUUUUAAUAAAAAAAAUUAUGCUACAUCCAAACGACUUGCUGAAUUUGUAAUACAGAAAUCAAGUGAUUUUUAUCAAAUAACUAAAAGUUAUAAUCUAUUGGGUAGAAUCGCCGAAAGCGAGGGUUAUGUUGAAGAAGCAUUUGAUUACUUUAAUCGAGCAGUUUUUUUCGCACCGCGUAAUGUAAUAUAUCCAUAUUACGGACUUGGGAAAAUGUGUUUACUAAAAUCUGACAAAGAGAGAGCUCAAGAGUGCUUCGAACAGAUUUUUCAAAUGAAUCCGAGUUGUGUGAAAAUCAAAAAAAUCCUUAGCGUACUGUAUGCUUCUUCAGCAAAUCGUUAUAAAAGAUCACUUGCUGAAAAAUAUUUAAAAGAAGUAAUAAAUGAGUUUCCUGACGAUUUAGAAGCUUGGGUACAAUUAGGUUUAAUAGCUUUAAAUAAAAGUUUAGAAACGUUAACUCCGAUUUAUGAUAAAAUUAUGAGUUUAAUACGUGUCGUUGAAGAAACCAAACUUUCAAUUGAAAUUCGUCUUGCCCUCGCUGUUCUACACGAUAAGGUUGGAAAAUAUGAUGAAUGUUUUUCUACAUUAGAAUUGUGUAUAAAAAUGGCAAAGGAAAAAUAUUCUAAUUGCUCAAAUGAAUAUUUUGUGAAAAUAACUUCUGUGGCUCACUUUUAUUUAGUCAAAUCUUAUGAUAAUCUUGAUAACUUUCGAGAUAUGUACAAAGAAUUAAUCAGCAUACAGGAUUCGAUGUAUAUAUCUAGGAUAUUUGGCCCUAAGUUGUAACGAGAUGAGCAAUGCUAAAAAAUAUGUUGAUUGGGCAUUAUUUAUUGAUUCGAAUAAUGCUGAAGCCAAGUCAUUACUUAAUUUGUGUUCUGGCCAUAAAAAUAACUCUUAUAAGUAUGUACUAAAAGAUAUGUUUUAAAGCUACUUGUAUAUUAUCCCAACAAUAAUAUAUAUUCUGUAUAUAUGUUUCUUUUAACUUUGAAGGAAACAUCAUCUUUGGGCCUAGAUGUUUCAAAUUAAUUAAUAGA